UCGUAGUAUGCGUUAUGGUAGCUGGCAAGAGCUGACUGGUAUGACUUCUCGGUCCGCAGUUUUGAACAGCUGAGGUGCCCGAAACGUGUUGAAACGCGGAAAAAGUGAACCGCAGUGCUCUCGCCUUGGCCCUGGCGCUGCAAGAUGUCUAUGGAACCGCUGAAACUACUAUGCAGCCCGACUUCGCUGGAACGGGACAGAGGCUAUCAAGAGGCGCAGAGGUAUUUGACAACUGCGCAAGGCGGCGAUGUCAGAGUCUUCGAAGCGGCCGUGCUCGCCAAGCUGGAGAGCGACAAAUCUAAUUGGGAAUCGACGAUAGGCGCCCUCCUGGGCGCCAAGGCGAUCGUGGAACAUCGGCGCUCCGCCCAGCGGCCCAGCAACGAGCUGUUCAACGAAAGUGUCGCUGGCAUUUGCAUUUCGUUGGUGGCGGACCCCAACGUUAGCGUGCGUUUGGAGGCCGGUCACGUAUUGGGCACCCUUUGCGCCGUGGACGGCGUCAAGCUGUACGCGAAACAUCACAAGGACCUCAUACGCCUCAUCGAAACCUACUUGGACAAAGACCCGUCGGAGUCCGGUAGCGUUCAGGAGGAUGCGAAGACCGAAACCAGCAUGUCUUCUCAUGAUGGAUCCAGCGCUGCAAAGGUUCUACUCAACACCGUUGGCUGGAGGCACCUGGAGACAAGCAUAAAGUGCCUCCAAUCUGUUAUCGACGGCUGUGGGGCGAGCUUUGAAGAGUUCGUUGACAGCACGCUCCUCGAACUUCUCUGCAAAACUGUGCAACAUGUCAGCCGCUUUGUUCGUGAAACAACAUUUUGUGUUAUCUCAUCCCUCGUCACCUGUUGUUCAGCAUCAGGAUCGAAAAGCCUAUUCGCUGCAAACCAGUAUGGGAAAAGAAUUAGCAAGUGCCUUGCGCUUGGUUUGGCCGACAACUGGAGUCAGGUUCGGCUGGCGGCGUCAGAGGCGACCAGGAAGUUCUUGCUGUCCUUCUCCGAGAGGGAACGCGAGCUCUUCUUUCCCGAUCUUUUGCCCCAGAUGUGCCUUAACAGGUACUACACUGCUGAUGGGGUGCGGAUAUACUCCCAGGAGACAUGGCGUCGCAUUGCCAAAACAGAAGGCAGGGAGUUGGUUCAGAGGCACAUUGCUUGCGUGGUCGACUAUUAUAUAUCUCAGGCAGCUGCAGAAAACCACGCUGUUCGGGAGGCCGCCUGCGCCUGCAUUGCGGAACUUGCCUCCAAGAUAGCUCACGAUGCCGUGAGGCCACAUGUAUCCCGGCUAUUUCAAACCCUCCUCGUUUGCUUCCGAGACCCUUCCUGGGCAGUUCGGGAUGCCGCUUGUCUUGCUUGCGGGAACUUCAUGCUGUGCUACCCUGAAGAGUCCAAGGCAUCUUUCAAGACCGUCUACCCGUUGUUCUUUAACAACCUGCAAGAUUGCAUACCGUCAGUGCGGCAAGGGGCUGCGGCUGCUCUUGCCAAUGUCGUCAGGGCUUACGGCGAAGAAGCCUUUCAGGUGGUGAAGGCCAAAAUCACGGAGGGCCUUGCCGGCGUGGCCAAGCAGCCAGCGGAGACCAUCCACUACAAGGAGAUCCAGGGCUGGGGCUCCGGCGGGAGUAGUGGUACGCCUAGCAUCAAGGCCAUCAAAAAGCUUCACGACAACGACCCCGCCCUGCACACUAACCAGCCGGCUUUUUCCUGUGAAAGUCUCACUCCAAAAGCAGGGCUGCCAACCGACUGGAACUACCGGAAACCAUCGGAGCCUUGGGAGUUGGCUGAUGGGUGCAUCCACCUCAUAGCGGAGCUGUCCCAGGUACCUCAGGUGUCGACGAGCGUCGCUGAAUUCCUGCCUGCUCUCUCGGAAGCGUCGAGACACAGGCAUUACGCACACCACGUGGUUUUGCUGGAGACAUUGUGCAGCCAGCUCCCCAACGUGGUGAAAGGCGUGGGAAAACGAGUGUUCAAGUUGCACAUUGAACUCUUCUUCGAGCCCAUUUUCUACAGCCUGAACUGCGAGAAUGCCCUGACAUCCAGCGCGGCAAGUCAGUGCUUGAAUCAGCUCUCAAGUUUAUUCGGACCAAGCAUACUGAGGGCGAGAGUGGAGCAGUGGAAUUCAAAGUACUUGGAACAGCUUGACGCCAACCUCCACAUAGCCGGUCUUUGAAGAAAGCCUCACGAACAUCCAACAAGCCUCGACGUAUUAAGCCUGCGUGCCACUACGGGACUUAAACCUUGUUCACCGAAUUCUUAUACCUUUUGCAUGUAGUAUUAGGUGCACAAGGUAUGGUCGUUUUUGUACACCUAACCUGGAAACGGGAGUUGGGGGGAUACUUACACUCUUCAAUGUGAAAUCGUACCAUUCCACACAAAGUUGUUUGAGAGAAAGUGUGUGUGUGCUAAACGAUGUGGAAAGCUGGAGUAAUGAACGCUGUGGAUGUAGACUUGGCUACGCCUUCUUUCUGCAGUCAGUCACUGGUGCUGCCUACGCGCGUCUGGGCCGAAGUGCAAUGCGGGUCCAAGUUGCCAACCAAGAUGAUCUCUCUAAAUGGCAGCUAUGCAAGAAAUGUGUAACAUGCCUGCAUGCCUUUGACAUAUCAGUUCGAGAACAACAGCAACAACAACAAAAAAAAGUAUUAAGCUUUCCUCAUUGGGAAAGUGUUUUUAUGGUUGAAGCACUUCCAUGUGCGAGUAUUUAUGGCAAAAUUCUGCCACGCGGCAGAGUCAAAGAACAACAGUAUUUUUCUUUUUAAUGCAGGGGCAAUGGCUGUGUGUAGCACUGCCUCCUUCAAGACUUCGCGACACCGUUUUUUUUUUUUUUGUUCGUUUUUGUUAAUGUCCUUCGAUUUUCUGCUCCUUCUUCAAGUAGCGACAUCUACCUCCGUCAGUCGCCAUGUUCUUCCUAACCUCCUGAAGUGGCGUAUCCGCGUAGAUAGCAUCAGACCAUCAAUGGCCGCUGCAGCACCGCACGGGUCAAAUAUAAUUUUCAGGCAGGAGGCCAGAUGAUUACGAACCCAAAAGCGGCUUAGGACUGCACUGCCGAGGCCGAACGUGAAAUUUGUCGCCGUAAUUGUGAACCGUACGUGCUGACGGUGCCCGUUCUCAACACAAUCUUUACGGCGACGCCUGCCGCGUUGUGUUGCGGUCGGGCCAACCACAGAAAAUCCUUCGCCCUAGGAAAAGACAAAAAGAUAAAUGUGCACAGAAAUGCUGCAUGUUCACUAUAGUGCGUGUUCAGCCUGCCCUGAAGUUUGCUCAGAGCAACGCUCAAGCGACUGCGGGGGAAACAGUGUUAAGAAUAACAUGGCUGCCAGAAUGCGUGCUGCCCAAUGAGAUUUGUCGGCGGUGCUUGAAAGCUUGUCGCUACUUAAAGAAAAGCAAAAAAUGUCUGGGACUUUGGCUUUUAUUUCUUUGUCAACAAAGAUCUAGUCUGAAGAGACACUUUGUUUUCAAGUGAACAAGUUACCUGGCACACCGACGUAUAUAUUUAUAUAUAUAUUUUGUCUGUGCUGACCUUCCCAAACAUUUCUUUAAAAUAAAAGAUCCAAGCUUUGCUCCUGG